AUGACCAAGGGUGGCAGUGGCAAACCUAAAACAUUAGGUCGUCUGAUAUUUGGAGACAAACGAAAACCGCAUGCAUCACCAGCACGACAUCGAUCAUCAACACAAAAUGGUGCGAAUGUGGCUGAUCCAGCAUCGUCGGUUAAUACUGGAGUAAAUAAAGCUUCUAUUAGUUUGCAAGAUUGGGCUAUUUGGCGAAUACAAUUGAAUGAGCAAAUGAGCAGUGCAAUUGGUGAUCUCCGAACUGAUCUAAAGCAAAUGCGACAUUUCCUUCAAUCAAAUUCGUUUUAUCAAAAACAUAGUCGCGGUACAUCAAAUGGUUCAUCUAAUGGUGUUCGACUACUUUUUUAUAUUCCUCGUGCUAAUUUUAAUCCUGAACUUGUCGAUGAAUUACGAGAAAAUACUAAAGUUAAUACGAAGGAAAUUGGAGAGCCAAUCAUUUAUGAAGAAAAAAAGAUUCGAUCAAAUAGUGACGAUCGAACAACAACAAGUGUUAAUUCAAUGUCAGCUUUACAAGCAGGAAUCAAUGAUAAACCGAUUAGUCGACUACUUCCUAAAAUAUCCAUUGGAAAUACGAGUAAUUUUCUUCAUACAAAUGAACAGAUAAAAACAGUUGAUCGAAUACAUCCUCGUCGAUCGAUUCGGCAUUCUUUCGUUGCUACGGAUCGAAUUCAUGCAACAUUACAAAAAGCUGUCAAAGAUGGUAAUGUUCUAGAAAAAAUUAAAGCAUUCGAAAUGCAAGCAGCUGCAGCUCAAGCUGAAUCUGGAGGAAAACUAAGUGGUGUAAAUUAUCGAAUACAAUCCGUUGCAUCAUCCAUUCAAUCAGCUACUCAACAUAGACUAAGUCCAGCUGUUGUUCACCCCAUUAAAAAUGAGAUAUCUCCAAUCCCUAUGCAAUAUCAAAAGCAAGAGCCUGUUCGUUCAAGUCGAGGUCGUUAUGUUCAUCCAGUCCAACAGCAACCGUGUGUUAAUCCUGAUCCUACUAUUGGUCAUAAAUCUGGAAAAGGAGCACAUGUACUUGAACCAGCCCAUGGUGACAUCAUUCUUAAACGACGAACACCAUCGCAAAAAACUGCUAAUGAUGAAGAUUAUUCAAUAACAGCAAUUAGUUCUAUGGCACAUACAGCUUCUCAACUUCAACUUCAUCAUCGUAAUCCUGCUCAUCAUACUUAUCAUCAUCGAACAAGUAUAUCACGUUCUAGAAAUCGCCAAGACGUGAUCUAUGAGAAACAUACAGCAAAUAAAAAUGAUAAUGUGCCAUAUAAAUGUCAACACAAAUCAAAAGAGAGAGCAACACCCUCAAGUAAAUUAUCUACACAUCGACGUUGGCUUAAAGGACGAAAAGGAACACCUACAGAAACGCCUAAUCAAGUUGAUAAAAAACAAAUUUCAACUAUUAAAUCAAAUAAAGCAAGUGCCACUAAGAAGAAAAAUAGCGAACAAGAACAAAGCAAUGCUAAAAGUGUGUCAACAACAAUUAAUCAAGAAAAAUUUGCAGCAGAUAAUAAUCGAGUUUAUGGUGUACCAAGUACAAUUGUUAGUGAGCAAACAAAAAAUGAAUUACCAUCGUUACAAACGUCACUUAAACUUGAAGAAAAAAAUGAAACAGUUCCAAAAAAAGAUACUUUUAAUGAAACAAAUGCUUUUAUUUCAUUACAACAAGAAAAUGCAAAUCAAAUCAAACAAUGCGACACAGGCGUUUUGCCAAUGAAAAUUCAACGCCGAUCAAGUAGAAGUUCUCACCACCAAAAGUUAUCCAGUAUAGAUAUUGAGGGAGAAAUGAUAAGCAAAAUCGAUGACAAUAAUCGGUUCUGUCGUUCUGCUACUGACAUUCAUGUUCAUCGUGCAGAUUCGCGUGAUGAUGAUGAUGAUGUUGAUGACUAUGAUCAACAUGAUAACGGCAAAAGUGAUGACGAUGUUUUUUUUGAAGCAUCACCAACGAAAUCGAGGUCAAAAAUAAUUCGUCAUCAAUCAGUUGUUAAUCUUCCAAAAAAUGAAUCACGCCGUUUUCAACAACAAUCAUCAUGUACAACUAUUCGACGUCAUGCAAGUCAAUGUUCAUCUAAUGAAUUUACCUACGAUCAACGUUAUCUUCAAACGAAAGAAAAUUCUCAAUUAAUUCUUGCGAAUGCUUUUAUGAAAAAACCACCACCACCAAUAACAAUAAUAACUCGUAAAAAUAGAUUAAUGCAAAAUGAACAAAUUGCUUAUGAAGAACCUCAAUUGGAACAAACAGAAAUAGUUUUACUGAAUAAUCAUACAGUAAUAAAGAAACGUCCGUGUAAUACUAUUACUACUACUACAGGAACUAGUGAGUGUAGUAAUGGGCAAAAUAAUAAUAAGCAAGUUAGCAAACAAAUUCUCCAUGCAAUCAUGAAUUCAAUGAAUAAUAAUCAAGAACAAUCAACAGCAGGGCCGCCAAUGGUAGCAUUAUCAUCAACAGUGAAUGAUGAAUUUUUCGAAAAUGGACCUCUUACAAAUCCAGAAGAAACUAUUGUCAAUAUAACAGAUUAA